GCCCCGCGCCCACCGGCCUCCGCGAGGCGCGCGGGCGAGCCGAGCCGGGCUGCCGGGCACCAUGAGGGCGUCCUGCGUCCUGCUCGCCGCGCUGGCCGUCCUGGCGGCCUACUACGUCUACAUCCCGCUGCCCGGCUCCGUGUCGGACCCCUGGAAGCUGAUGCUGCUGGACGCCACCUUCCGGAGCGCGCAGCAAGUGAGCAACCUCAUACACUCCCUGGGCCUGAGCCAUCAUCUGCUCGCCCUGAACUUUAUCAUCGUUUCUUUUGGCAAGAAAAGCGCACACUCGUCGGCGCGGGUGAAGGUGACCGAUACUGCCUUCGAUGGCGUGGAGGUCCGAGUGUUUGAAGGCCCCCCAAAGCCAGAAGAGCCUCUGAAGCGCAGCAUCGUGUACAUCCACGGAGGCGGCUGGGCCCUGGCCAGUGCAAAAAUCAGGUAUUAUGAUGAACUGUGUACAGCAAUGGCUGAGGAACUGAAUGCUGUCAUUGUCUCCAUUGAGUACAGGCUCGUCCCAAAGGUUUAUUUUCCCGCACAGAUCCACGAUGUCGUACGCGCCACGAAGUAUUUUCUGCAGCCGGAAGUCUUACACAAGUAUUCGGUUGACCCAGGCCGGAUCGGCAUCUCUGGUGACAGCGCUGGUGGGAAUUUGGCCGCUGCCCUGGGCCAGCAGUUUACUCAGGAUGCCAACCUCAAAGACAAGCUCAAAGUGCAAGCUUUGAUCUAUCCAGUCCUUCAAGCUUUAGACUUUAACACACCCUCUUAUCAGCAAAAUGUGAACACCCCAAUCCUGCCCCGUUACGUCAUGGUGAAGUACUGGGUGGACUACUUCAAAGGCAACUAUGACUUUGUCCAGGCAAUGGUGGUUAACAACCACACUUCACUUGACGUGGAAGAGGCUGUUGCCCUCAGGGCCCGUCUGAACUGGACGUCCCUCUUGCCUCCAUCUCUCACGAAGGACUACAAGCCCGUCGUGCAGACCACCGGCAACGCCAGGAUCGUGCGGGAGAUCCCUCAGCUGCUGGAUGCCCGCUCAGCCCCGCUCAUCGCAGACCAGAAAGUCCUGCAGCACCUCCCAAAGACCUACAUCCUGACGUGUGAGCACGACGUCCUGAGAGACGAUGGGAUCAUGUAUGCCAAGCGUCUGGAGAGUGCAGGCGUGGAGGUGACCCUGGAUCACUUCGAGGAUGGCUUCCACGGGUGCAUGAUCUUCACCAGCUGGCCCACCAACUUCGACGUGGGAAUCCGGACUAGGAAUAGUUACAUCAAGUGGCUGGAUCAAAACCUGUGAAAGGGUGAAAUUUCUAGAAUGCUUGAGCCCCUCUUGACCUCCUGCACCUGCUUUGGAAAGAGAUGCACUUUUUAGUUGACUGAUUUCUCCUUGUUACUUGUGAGUCACGGGAUCUCUGUUCUUCACAUACUUUACAUGAAUUUAAUUUUCGAAAUUGCAUUUGACUAACGUGAGUGCAAAAUGUCUGAAUCUGGUUCUCAAAGUGGGCCAGGCUCUCUGCUCUUGUGGUUUUAGCCAAACUACUACCAACACUCAUGGCUGCAGAAAGCCGGACCAGGAGCCCAAAUAGCUUUGGGUUCUGUCUUCAUCCAGAAAUUCUUUCUAGAAGAAAUUCUUCCAGCUGUGGGUGACACAGUGACCUUUAGUGAGUAAAGCAAAUGUGGGCUCUUCUUCCACUUGCUAGGGUUUAUUUUAAAUUCAGAGCAGUGUUCCUUGUGUGCACGUGAAGGUCAGUGCUGGGUACCAAGUGCCCUCUGUUCUUUAUGGAUAGAUGGUUUUGUUUCCUAUGGGAAUUUUGGCAAAGGCGUUCUAGAAGGGACGAGUUUCUCAAAUGACUUUCUUCCCGUAGAGCGUUAAUUUUAUGGGAUAGCUGUCUCCAGCUCCAGUUGGAUUAUAAUAAUACUUGAAAGUUACUCUCUACCACUAUUAUUAGAAAAUAUAAAGUCGUAUGUCCUGGAUAUCUGUACGUUGUUAAGUUCUUUUUGGUUAUAUUGUCUCCGUGGGGGAGAUCUUCUGGGAGCAAAUUUAUGUAGAUUUAGGAUAGAUUUUCCAUCACAGAACAAGUAAAAACAGACAAAUGAACCAACCUAUUUAUUUUCUUAAUGAGCACUUCUGACAUAAGUUACCAAGAGCAGUGUGUAAUAUAUUUCGCAUAGUCAGAAAAGAAGAUACGUUUAAUAUUGAAAUGAUGAAAGAUACCUUAAGAGGGUCUAGUUUAUUCUUGAAAACUCAAUUUUUCCACUUACAUGGCUUUAAAAUGGGGCUAUUUUGGUAUAUAUAAUGUAUGGUUUAUUUUUUUAAGUUAUUUAAUGUUAAUAUAUGCAGCUAGACUUAAGAUUUUUCAGAAUAACGUCUAUAACGAACAUUAAAAAUAAUGCUAUUUUUAAAAAACUACCUUAGAAUUAUAUCCACGUGUAAUGUUACGGAAAGAGGUGAAGUAGCUAUUCAUGUUACUACACGUCAGGCUUAACUAUUUUGAUGUUUCUACGCCGUCACAAAUUAGAAUAAUUAGAAACUGUGGCUAUACCUAGCAAAGUUGUCUGAGUUUAUAGUUCAAUAACUUAGGUAGGACCCACACUGCUCAUUUCUGCCCUGUGUGGUCAGAACAACGCUAGCUCGUAGUCCCCUGGGUGAAGCCUACGUGGGCGCCCGGUGCCGUCACCUCUUUUUAUCUCCUUCCAGCCUGGUUAGAAGCCCAAGCUUGACUUCAUGUAAAGCCUUCACUGCCAGUGGGAACAUCUUUGGCAAAGCAAGGAACUCUAAUUCCGGUUUGAGUGCCUCUGCCCUCCUUCCUGCCACUCUUACUACUGCCCCCACCCUGCCCUUUGCGGGGACUUGAGAGGGCAGCAGGACGGCCAGGUCAGGAUAGUCGGUGGAGAGGAAGGGGAACCUUUUCACUCACUUGAAAGAUUGGCACUCGCCACCUCUGCAGUGAAAUAAAAGAAAACAUGCACCUGUAUUUUUCAUUUAUUGCACAAGCCAGUAGAAUUGUACGUACAAAAGAGCAGUAAAUGCAACGAUGUGUGUCUGUGUGUGUGCCUGUGUGUGUAUAACAAAUAAUCAUGCGGAUCAACGUGCUAAUGUUGGAAACAAGUGAUUUACCCUCUCUUGGGCUGCUUUUCCCUUUCCUCUAAAAUCAGCCAUUUGAAUUGCUUAAUCUAGUGUCUUCCAACUGUAAAUUCCAACCAUUUUGUCAGACUGGCAAACUGUAUUGGCUUCUUCUACAGCGUUUUGCCUUUUUGUUUUGGGGGGUGUGGUUUGUGGGUCAUUUUUCCAUGUACAUAGACACAAACAUCAUCAAAGAUUUUUUUUUCCUAAAAAAAAAAAAAAGAACCCGAGAUUUUAGUUCUUCCUCUUUGACGGCUACUCUCCUCAUUUAAUCCUAGUGGGAAUUUUUACACCAUUUGAAGGGACCAGUGUUCAGGCCUUAGUUUGAGGUUAUCUACCUCUAGAAAGCAAAGAAAAUAUACAUGCACAGAGUUUCUUAAAAUGGUAUAUUGCCCCCCAGAUUUAAGAUCCCAAAUGCUAUAGUAAUCACAGACAGUACAUGAAUCUCGAUCUUUAAAGGAUUCUCUUGGAUGAAAAGGGAGUGAAAGAGAAAGGGGCCACCACUGUUUCUAAUGAAACACUUGCCUUUCAUUAAAGCUCUUACGUGUAUGAAUAAAUUGUCUAAUAACGUGCUCUGGAUCCGACUUCAGACCUUGCUUGAAGUUCUUUCUUGAAAUUCUCCCUGGAAUAGUAACAGUUGGAAUCAGGAUACACACAAACCAGCAGGUCCAAGAGUGGUUAAACCAACCCUGAAUCUGAGUGCUGAGAACUCCUUUGGGAAGCCUACAGAGUUUGUGGUGAAGAUACUUUAGUUCGGGGUGAAUUAGCUUCCUUUUAUUUUGUGUUCUCAUAUUAAAAAGUGUGUGCCCUGCAGGUUGAUUUCAUAGUAUGAUGGCUUUGUUGUUUUCCUAUUUUAUGAAAAAAGUUGAUAGUCUUUUUGUAAUAUUAUUGUUUGUGAAACAUGAACAUAAAUAUAUGAAGAAAAUAUCUUAACGUGCUGCAACUAUAGUGGAAUGUAAAUUAGUCUUAAUGUUUUAUCAUUGGUUUGUGAAGAAUUUAAGACUAUUGUAUAAUUAUCUUGGUGGCUAUGAUAUUUUAUGCAUGACCUUUUAACCUUUGACUCUUUGCUUAUUUCCCUACUGCCAAGAGGAAGGCAGAUUUUAUGAAGGAUUUUGGUAGCAAAUCUAUUUUAUAAGACGAAAAUCCAAGGUGGAGGUAGGAAAGUCUGUAUCUGUUUCAACUCAAGUUUAGAAAUAAAGUGGCUCCAUCUGGGAAUGUGCCUCUUCCACUUCUUCUCGUCUCUUUUCCUGGUUCCCAGCUCUCUCUCUGUAUCUCAGAUCCCUACCCACAGCCCUGCCCCCCUGGUGUCCUCCAGCGUCUCUCAGUCACCUACGGGUAGUUCAGUGGCCUCCUUGGUGACAUGCAUUUCAAGUCUGGAGACAGUAUGUGCUGCACAUAUUGGGACAACCCGCCUUGGACUGGCUAGAGUCUGUGUAAAAGUGAGGCUGGCCCUGAGGCUAUUUUGGGACUGUCAAUACACCUAUUAGAAAGGGAUGAUCCUAGUGUAAAUAAAGACUUUGGAUUUGAAAUAGUUCAGACACGGAAGUACCAAUAUCACUGGAGGCAAUUUUCAAAAUGACCCUGACAUUACAAGCAAAUCUAACAAUUUCACACUUGAGUUUAUUACGUUUAGUUUCUAUCAAUGUUAUAGGAAUAUUUAAAAAUGUUUUGCAAAGAGAAUUGCUCAUAUUGGUUCUAAAUGGUCACAUACGUGUGUGUAAGUUGUAUUUUUCUACUCAAUUAUAGUUUCCUUCACCUUCCCCAACAACAUCUCUGGUGUAUGGCUGUAUUUCAUUGGAGAGACCCACUAACAUUUCCCACAAUUCUCCUUUGGAGCAUUAAAGAUGUGCUGCGUGUGUUUUAAUAUUG